AUGUUGAAACUCCAAAGGAGGCUCAGUCAUCCGGAGGCUCUGAAUGCUUCUAUUUUAGGUGGCAUCUUACGGAGGGCGAAAUCGAAAAAUGGAGGAAAGUCUUUGCGGGAUUCGCUGGAAAAAAUUGGGAUCAGUUUGCCGGCAGGGAGAAGAAAGUCAGCGAGUGUGACGCUACUUACGUCACUUGUUGAGGGUGAAGCAAUGCAUUUGGCGAAAGAUUUCUCGUCGGCUUGCACUGCCUACUUCCCAUCAAAAGAAAUUGCUUCUUAUGUUCACUCGCGAAACCUCCGGUUUCCUGCUGCUGAAAUUGAAAGACUUAAGCAUGAAGUAGAGUGCGCCAAGAAAGCAUUGGUCGUGCUCUCAGAUGUUUUAAAAAUGGAUGGUAGUCCCGUGCAAGGGCGCAGGUCUGAAAAUUUACUCGAGCCAGCUGUUCAGGAGCCUUUAACACAAUUUUCAUUAAUAACACAUGGAUUUGGCACCGCGGCAUUACUAGCAGCUCUCGAAGUUAUUAUGCGAUAUUUGAAUGAGUCGAUGGAAGUCUUGAAUAAAGGUCCAACUAACAGUCUGGGUGAAGGAAAUUGUGUGGACCUGGCUGCGAUACUUCAAAGAUAUAUUGCUUUGAAUAGCGGUGUAAUUAUGGCGAAGCAGUGA